CUGAGCUUCUAAUCUUCGUGGCUUGUAAACAAGCAAAAACUUCUCGGCUGGCGAUGGCGCUGCUGUUGCUGCUCCGGGUUGUGUCUCUCCUUCUCGGACACCCGGGAAUCGCCCCCCUGAACCCGGCUCCCGGUGUCUCUUCACACUCCCUAAAGUAUUUCUACACAGCAAUAUCAGAGGAUAAUGAAUUGCUUUCUUCAUUUUACGUUGUGGGAUAUAUGGAUGACCAGCGGAUCUCUCAAUAUGACAGCACCGUGAGGUUGGAACUUCCUUGUGUUUCCUGGAUGAAGAAGGUGGAGGAAGUCGAUCCCUCCUACUGGAAGGAUGAAACUGAGGUGUCACGGAAUUCUGAACAGUUUUUCAAAGAGAACCUGGUGAUUGCAAGGAAUCGUUAUAACCAGAGCCGAGGGUUUCACACCCUGCAGCAGAUGUACGGCUGUGACCUGAGGAAAGAUGGGAGCAAAGGAGGAUAUCGACAGUAUGCCUACGAUGGGAAGGACUUCAUCAGUUUUGACAAGGAGACCCUCACUUGGACGGCAGCUGAUGGGGCAGCCCAGAAAACCAAGAGGAAGUGGGAUGCUCAAUCAAUGCGCAACCAGUACCUUAAGGCUUACCUGCAGGAGACCUGCAUUGAGUGGCUGAAGAAGUACCUGGACUACGGCAAGGAGACACUGCUGAGGACAGAGACACCAGAAGUGAUGGUGACCCGGAAGGUAGACCACGAUGGGAUGGAAACCUUGAUCUGUCGGGUGGGGGGCUUCUACCCGAAGGACAUUGACAUUGAGUGGACAAGGGAUGGGGAGGUCUGGCAGCAAGAUACCUUCCAUGGCCUUCCAUCAUGCUCCACGUGGCAUUUGUAGCGGCCCCUGUCCUUGGGG